UACGACAGAUAUAUUGUUUACCACGUGCGUUUUCUAUCUUUCCGAAGUGAUUCUCUAAAACGUGGUGUAAAUUUGCUAGAUAACCCGUUGUCUACAAUAAAAUGCCGAAAUCCAAAAGAGAUAAAAAAGUGUCCCUUACAAAAACAAACAAGAAAGGACUUCAGCUAAAACAGAAAACAAUAGAAGAAAUAAGAAAUUGCUUGACUAAAUAUGAGCACAUAUUUCUGUUUACUGUGGAUAACAUGAGAAAUGCCAAACUCAAGGAUUUACGCCACGAAUGGAAGGACUCUAGAUUCUUUUUCGGUAAAAACAAAGUCAUGGCAAUAGCUCUUGGUAGAACUAAAAGUGAUGAAGUUGAAGAUCAGUUAAAUUUGCUAUCAAAAAAAAUAAAAGGCCAAUGUGGCCUCCUAAUGACGAACAGAGAUGUGGUAGAUGUACUGCAGUGGUUCAAUGACUUCAGUGAGUCCGAGUAUGCGCGGUCAGGCUUUGUAGCCACCGAAGAUGUCAUUCUGCCCCAGGGGCCCCUGGAAGAUUUCUCUCACACCAUUGAGCCCCAUUUGAGGAAACUAGGACUGCCUACCACCCUUGAGAGAGGCGUUGUUACUCUUAUUAAGGAAUAUCAGGUUUGCAAAAAAGGCGCCGUCCUAACGCCAGAACAGGCCAGUAUAUUGAAGCUACUUGGUAAGCAAAUAGCGGAAUUUAAAGUCACAAUAAAGUGCCAUUGGUCCAAAGGCAAGGGAUUCCACAAAGAUAUUGACGGUCUUAGUGACAACGAAGAAGAUGAUAAGGAGGAAGAUGGGAAUGAAAAUGAGGACAUGGAAGAGGAUGAAACAUAAAUAUUUCUUAAGAACCUGGUUGGUUUUUCCAAUAUACACCUAGUUAUUA